GCCUGGAAUGUCUGUUUGGCCCAGGUUACACCUACUACUAUCAGAACCGUUAUUUCUUUCGUCUGGCUGUGUCUGUUUAAGCAAUGGCCGCUGACAUUAAAUUUAUUCAAGCGGUUGCUGUGGUUAAAGAAGGACGGUGAGACAGGGUGGAUGUCGGCCUAUAGUGCAACAAAAAGGAAGACUGUGCAUCCUCCUCUGUCGAGUUGUAAAGACUGGCAGGAUCGUUUUUAUUUUGUUCAAGUUCCCGACAAUUUUCUUCUUCGGCGGACUUUUACCAAACCCAGGCCUCGAAUGGAGUAGUAUAACCAGCGUGGUUUGGGCCGUCGGGAAAGAAAAGCAUUUGAUUAUUUAGAGUGCGACAUUCUUGAUGUCGGCCUCAGCAAAAAGCAGGCUGUAAAUAGAAAUUGGCUUCCUAAUGCCUAUUAUAUUUUGGGUAGCCAACCGUUGUCUGCUGUUGGCUUAUGCAAUACUCAUUGCUUUGGUAAACACACCAUUAGUUGAUUUGCCCGGCUGAAAAUACUCAUUUUUUCCUUUAUUUUGUACAAGUGUCUUUCCGGUAUUAAUUCUUUUGUCGUCUUUUUCAGGUACGAAAACCUUGGAUAGAGAACUUCUUGGUUUUGACGAGAAUUGGAGACCUGUGUGCACGCAGCCUCCUCAACCUAAAGCUAAAUACGACACAAUAUCAACGUAUUCGACACGAGCUUCCUCUCGUCGCUCUACUACCACUGUUGCGAAGAAUCGCGUGAGUGCCGCCUGCAAAUCCAAAUCCUCCUCUGUUGUUGUUUCUCAAGCUCCGCCCUCAUCCACAAUGCAAUCCAAUCCUACAGGCCGAGGUGGAACCCGCCGAAAAAGGUCGUCUCUUAAUUCCAGUCGGUCUAAUCCGACUAAGAGGGUAAGGGCCACCGGUGAGGAUGAUGCUUUCGCCGAUUUCGAGACAAAAGAGCCGGUCUUGGAGUCCGCCGCCAAGAAAACUACUGAUGCCACCCUUCAGGCGCAGCCGUCUCCACAAGCUUCUCUUGAGAUUUUGGACGAGGGUCCUGUCGGCGGAUUUAUUGAGGACUUCCACCGCCAAGCUACUUCUGCUGCUGUUACCGGUGGUAAUUCUAGUAUGCCUCCUGUCAGUCGCAGCGAGAACAAGUCUGGGGAUUCUAGGCUGAAUUAUCACCUACCCCUCCGCACCGGUGGUUGGAUCGAGGAUACUCCUUUCAAGAUUCCACCGCAAAUGAAGUCAUGGUCCGAGACUCCUGGCGGCGAACCUACCGACCAGUUUUAUCCCACCAUUGACCUGUUGUGUGGGGAGUCGGUGGCUACUGACUCAGCUAAGGACGGUGGUGACUUAGGCUACCGUGCCUUUAAAUAUUUGAUAACGCCUGCUGACAGGCCACAAGGUCAGAUUGAUGCCCCUGCUGCUCAACACUUUAAUGACCUCUACAAGGCCGUUCAGUCCAGCAUGGACUUGUACUAUGUUUAUCGCUGGAAUCAGCUGCAGCUGACUCAGAAUAACAUUGAUAUGGCCGACUUAAGGAAGCGGGCUGAGGAUGCUGAGUCUUUGCUGGAAGACAGCAAGAAGAAGUUGGAUACUGCGGCUUCUGAUUUGGAGGCGGCUAAUAAACGGCUCAAGGAUAUUGAGCCUAGGCUGCAGGCUGAGACUGAGAGAGCAGACGGCUUAGAUCAACGGCUGGCAAGUAUUAAUGCGAGCUUGCCGGGAGUGAAGAAAUCUGCCGCCAAGAAAGCUGUUGAUAAACUUCUUCAGUCUGACUGGUUUAACGACAUUCUGACUCUGCGCCAUAACGGCGGUUGGUGUGCUGCGCAUCGGGUCGUUUGCCAUGUGAAGAAGCUGGACGAGGAUGGCUGGCAAGAGUUUGAAGAUGGUUAUGAGGAGAAAGAGCUGUAUAAGGUUGCAACCGGCUUUGAGCCUCAGGAGCUACCCGAGGCGGUGAUUUGCAAUGCUAAUCAGAGGACCCUGCCUCCUUUGGAUGUUCCGGAAGCAGCAUAUUGGUCUGAUGAUGAGCAUGCCGUUUGACGGUUUCGGCAGUCAUCACCUCCCUCCUCUUGCGGAUCUUCUUCUUUUCCCAGCCGGCCUCAUACUUGUUAGGAUUUUUAUUUUUAUUUUGGCGGCUGGCUUUUGAUUUUUUGGCAAAUGCUGUUAGGGCACUUUAAUGUUGAUGUAAUUUUAAUUUAGAACAUCGUAUUAUUGUGGCGGUGUCGGUUUUAUUCGGCAUCCCUUUGUGCCUUGUUAUCAGCUAAUCACUUCGCAAGUUUUUUGGGUGAUGGCUGUCGGUUUUUCGUGUAUUUCCUUUUGUGGCCAUGUAUUUAUAACAAGUAAUUUUUUGAUUUCAUAUUUACUUUAUUUUGCGUAUGAUACUUCCAAUUAUGCCGGUAUUACUAUCUUGCCAGCUUGUUGAAUGUUAUAUUUCGAAAUGAAUGUUCCUUCUACUGAUAUGAUUUGUUUAACUUGUUGAAUGUUAUGCUUCACAAUGGAGUGCCCCUUAAAGGCAUUUAUUUUUCCCAAAGUUACUAAUUACAUCAACAUUAUUAUGGACUGCUACGCUUCACAGUAAAGUGCCCAAACGGCAUU